AUGAGUUAUUGUUCGGAAUCGAACGAAGAAGAGGUAAGAAAACAGUAUUAUUUAAGCAUUUUUAGAUACAGGUACUUUUAGAACAGAAAUCCUACUUACAUAGGUAAUUGAUUUAAAUAUAUAGAAAUGCCUCUGUGAGAUUGAACGUGAAGAAGUUCGCAAAGCCAACGACCGCCUCAUCACUCGGAUCAACGUACUGACAAUCAAUGAAAAUAAACUUAGGGCCGAGUUAAAGGAAUCGAAAGAAUAUAACAAAUGUGUUCUUGCGAAAUUGCAAAGUUAUAAAGUAAACUACCCAGUUUGUGUUUUAUGCAGUUUACAGCUCGUGGGUAGGCACUAAUCCCCAUAUUUAUCAGUGUACAAAUCCUGUGAAGUUUACAAACAUUGUUUAUCGAUUCGAUUUGAAUACAUAUUUAAUGGCAUUCAUACAUUUUAUACUGUACUGUAAACAUUUUUGUUUACACGAAAUCUGUGCUCCGUAACGAUUUGUUGGUUUACCGUAGCGAUCAAAUGUAUGGCGGGCAUAUUGAUUUACCAUGGUUACCAAGUAUAAAACCCUCGUCGUAUAUGAAUGAUAUACAACUAGACAAAUAUGAGGAAAUACAUUUGUUCGGUAGUACUUUACUUUAAAACGAUUUUUAGAUUCCAAACCGUUUCACUACAACAUGUUAAAAACUGACAACAAAUAUUGAUUUCUGGGUUACACCGAGUUACCUAUGUUAGCCGCAAUGAGAAAACCAUGACUAAUACUAUUCAACUCAGAAUCGUAUUUUGAUUUACAAUGAUUUAUCUUUGAAUCACCCGACAAACCUUUCCACCUACUACAGUGGCCUACCCAUUAUGCGAAGUACGUAAGUAUUUUUUUAUUAUUUAGGCCCAAUUAGAAGAAAAAAGUAACACCGUUAAUAAACUAACGGCGUGUUUGAAAUCUAAAAAUGAAGAAAUCUUUAAUGCGCAUAAAAAAUUUAAUAUGGUCUACCAACUAAUGGCAUUGGACUGCGAGACAUGUAAGAAAACGGAAUUUACGGGCACGAAUAAUGCGGAUAGAAGUUCGGAGGUACCUGAUAAAUUAAAAACCUUGGGUAAGAAAUUAUGUGAAGCAACAGUUGCCUUCAAAGAAGUGUCGAUGAUAACGGAAAGCGAAGAAAACCGAAAGAAAAACAUGGUUGAAAAAUUAAAAGAAAAUAAUCACGCGAAACAAAAAGAAUUGAGUCGUAUGACGUCCAAGAUUAAACAACUUCAACUUGAUCAGGAACACAACGUUUCGAAAAUCAAUAAACAGAGAAAUCUGAUACAAGAAUUAAAAUGUAAAAUAGAAAAUAUCGCUAAUAAAAUGUAA